AAGAAAACAAACCUCAUUCAUGGAAUGCGACUACAUAAAAAGCUCCUGUGAAAGUUCACGACUGAUCCGUAGCAACGUGUCUUUUCUCUCCAGCUGAAAUUACCAGUCCACAAUCACCACGAUUCAACCAGCGCAUCCAUCUAUCCCUCAGCUCCCAUCCGGAACAACACCCGACCAACACCACCAUGUGCCGCUACUAUGCUCACACUCACUCGUGCGGUCACACCACCACCAUUUUCGCCGCUUAUUGUGCCUCUGGCGCUCUAGUCCAGCGACCUUGCCAUGGUGGCGAGAUCUGGCAGACGCUCAAGAUGGACCAUGUUUGCUCGGCAUGCCAGACGGACUCGGCCAAAGCGAAGGGGAAGGCUGGUCUGGCGACUGCGGGACGGCGCUAAGUGCAAAGCAGACAGCUGACUGCGCGCAUUUCUAGUCGUUUGCAGCCGCAUGGAGAAAAGUUCUCGGGGUUGGGAAAACUAUCAGUUCUCAGGGUGAUUUUUUUUUUUUUUCUUUCUUUUCUUUUCGGAAGCCGAACGGGGCAUUUGCCCUAGAAAGUUUAAUUGUUCACCUUAUCCCUUUUUGUUUUGCUCAUUGGCCACAGCCUCUGCAAAUGAACUUUCAUCCAAUUCUUAAUCUUGACCCAAACCUACACAUAAUCUGUGAGACUGGCCACCGUCAGCUGCUUUGCCUGAUCAUCCUUGCUUUUGUCUGCUUAUGUUUCUUUCCCUGUGUGCGGCCUAUCCAAAAAGCAUACAUCGGGAAAGAACUGACUAUUAGAAUGGAUAACCAAUG